UCCGAGCCCUCGGCAUGAGCUCCACCGGCGUCCACCAGAUGCUCAAGUCAUCGUUAAAAGACAGUCUCCUGACCGAGUUCCAGGACGUUUUCGGGGACACGUUGGGCAAGUAUGUGGGGACCCCUAUCUCCCUUAAUUUAGACCCCAACGUAGCCCAAAUAAGACUCAAGGCCAGACGGGUGCCUUUCGCAUUGAAACCAAAGAUCGAUGCGGAACUGGACAAACUGCUUAAACAAGGGGUGUUGGUUCCCGUUGACCAUGCAAAGUGGGAAACCCCUAUAGUAACCCCAGUAAAGUCUGACGGCUCAAUUAGGAUCUGCGCCGACUACAAGUGCACGAUCAACAAGGCUUUGCAGCCGAGCGCCUAUCCGGUGCCGAUCAUGCAUCAUCUACUACACUCCCUGGGGCCCGGAAAUUUUUUUGCCAAAUUAGACCUGGCUCAGGCCUAUCAACAAUUACCAGUUGAUGAUGCCACGCAAGGUGAGAGCGAUUAA